AUGACCGCCCAAGAGAAGCGUAACAUCAUCAUAAUAGGAGGUGGCAUCAUCGGCUGCACAACCGCCUACUUCCUCUCCCACCAUCCCCUCUACUCCCCGACAACCCACCGCAUCACCCUCCUCGAAGCUACCGACAUCGCCUCCGCCGCUUCGGGAAAAGCCGGUGGCCUCCUCGCUCUAUGGGCCUAUCCGGACUCCCUCGUGCCCCUCUCCUUCCGUCUCCACGCCGAGCUCGCCGCCCGCUACGACGGCCCUCGCAGAUGGGGUUACCGCCGCCUCAAGUGUGGUUCCAUAUCCGCGACCGUGUCGUCCGAGAAGAUCGCUAGCUUCACAGAUAAGAGUCCUCGCGGAAGUGUCUCGACGGAAGCGACCGCAAUUGGGGCCGGGACAGGAGACGAGAAGGAUUGGCAAAAGCUACCGAAGCAGGAUGAGCAUGCGGCGCGGUUGUUGGAGGAAGCGGGCGUUCCACCGGAUUUGAACUGGGUUGACCCCGAAACCUUGGAGGGCUAUGCCGAGAUGGGCGGGCCGGGGACGACGGACACGGCGCAGGUGCAUCCGUUGGAGUUUACAACGGCGAUGGCCGAAUUGGCUGCCGAGAAAGGAGUGGAAAUCCGGACUGGGGCCUUGGUCACGCUGAUCAAGACCACCAAGACGGCUGUCGAGAGGAUAGAGUAUAUCGAUAGGAAAACGGGCGAGACACAUACGAUUGAGGACUUCACAGACGUCGUGGUUUGCGCGGGACCGUGGACGGGGAAGCUCCUACCGAAGACGAGAGUUGAGGGCCUACGCGCCCAUAGCGUCGUCUUCGAAGCAGAUGUCACGCCCUACGCCGUCUUCACCGACAUUGUGCUGCCCUCCGACUACGUACCACCCCACAGAGCAAGGAAGGGUCAAAAGCGAAGACACAAGGGCAGCGUAGACCCCGAAGUCUAUGCACGACCCAACAACGAAGUCUACGCAUGCGGCGAGCCCGACACCACCAUCCCCCUCCCCGAAACUGCCGACCUCGUCCAAACGGACCCAUCCCAAUGCGAUGACCUCAUCUCAUACCUCUCGACAAUCAGCCCCGCCCUCCGCGCCGCCCCCAUCAAGGCCCGACAGGCCUGCUACAUCCCCCGUCACAUGCGCUUCGGAGACGAGCGGGGUCCCCUCGUCGGUCCUACCUCCAUGAAGGGGUUAUGGGUCGCCGCGGGCCAUACGUGUUGGGGGAUACAGAACGGUCCCGCGACGGGGUGCUUGAUGGCCGAGUGGAUUCUGGAGGGGAGGGUGAGGAGUGCUGAUGUUGUGAAGUUGGAUCCGAGGACGUUUAAGGUUUGA